AUGUCAUGCCAGGUAUUCCACUACCCCACCCCCCUACAUCAACUCUACACAGAUGCAUCAGGAGAGGGUUGGGGUGCCCAUAUGGACGAUGCCACCAUUCAAGGGAAAUGGUCCUCCCAAGACAAAGAGCUACACAUCAAUUGUCUAGAAAUGAGAGCGAUAUAUCUAGCAUUAACAGCUUGGCUAAAUCGUCUACACCACUCGUCAGUGAAGAUCGCUACAGACAACUCAACCGUGGUCGCUUACAUACAGCACCAAGGGGGCACAAGAUCUCAGCCUUUACCGAAGGAGGUUACACGUUUAUAUGCCUUGGUAGACUCAGUGAGUUGCAAGAUCGAAGUAAGACACAUUCCGGGCAAGCUAAAUAUACUAGCAGAUUACCUAUCCCGGAAAAACAAGAUAGUACCAACAGAAUGGUCACUACAUCCCGAGGUGUUCAAGUGGAUAACCCAGAUAUGGGACACUCCAAACAUAGAUCUAUUCGCCACAUGUCUCAACAACAAACUACCAGUCUACGUCAGCCCAGUACCAGACCCACUAGCACUCCAAGUCGAUGCGCUCCCAAUGGAAUGGAAGGGAAUGUUUGCUUACGCAUUUCCCCCAUGGGCUCUCCUAGACAGAGUACUGAAGAAAAUAGAGGAAACGGAUUGUGUCAUAAUGCUCAUAGCCCCGGCUUGGCCCAAAAGGGCUUGGUUUCCGAGACUUCUACAACUCCUGCUAGAAGUACCUCUGAAACUCCCAGUACGUCACGACCUAUUGAGACAACCAAAGACGGACAUAUUUUACAGCCGCCUCGACAACCUCCAUCUUCACGCUUGGAAAUUAUCUCGCAUAAGAUGCAAGCCGCCGGUUACUCUAAAUCAGCUGCACGAAGAGUGGCUAGCUCAAGGAGACCAGCCUCAUCUGCCUUAUAUAAUAACAGAUGGGACAAGAAAGGGAAAAAAGAGGGAGGGGGGGGAAGAUUUCAGAAGUACCUCAGGAACUCAGGAGGGCUGUGAGUGGGACUACACUAUUACAAGGAGUAGUGGCUCUGAGGACAUGAUGGAUUGUGCAAGUUUGCCUGGCGUACAAGGUCAGUUUGGUGUGGGGAUGCUUGUAGAGGAAAUGUUCAAUGUUGUUGAUGUCAGUGUUGUCAGUGUUGAUGCAGUCAAGGAUGCAGACAAGGAUGUUGACACGGAUGCAGACAAGGAUGAGGUCAUGGUUGCAGACAAGGAUGUAGUCAUGGAUGCAGACAAGGAUGUAGUCAAGGAUGCAGACAAGGAUGUAGUCAAGGAUGCAGACAAGGAUGCAGUCAAGGAUGCAGUCAAGGAUGCAGUCAUGGAUGCAGACAAGGGUGUAGUCAAGGAUGCAGUCAUGGAUGCAGACAAGGAUGAAGUCAAGGAUGCAGACAAGGAUGUAGUCAAGGAUGCAGACAAGGAUGCUGACACGGAUGCAGUCACGGAUGCAGACAAGGAUGCAGUCAAGGAUGCAGUCAUGGAUGCAGACAAGGAUGCUGACAUAGAUGUGGUCAUGGAUGUAGUCAAGGAUGAGGUCAGGGAUGUAGUCAAGGAUGCAAAUAAGGAUGUAGUCAAGGAUGCAGUCAUGGAUGCAGACAAGGAUGCAGACAAGGAUGUAGUCAUGGAUACAGACAAGGAUGUAGUCAAGGAUGCAGUCAUGGAUGCAGACAAGGAUGCUGACACGGAUGCUGACAUAGAUGUGGUCAUGGAUGUAGUCAAGGAUGUAGUCAAGGAUGCAGACAAGGAUGUAGUCAUGGAUGCAGACAAGGAUACAGACAGGGAUACAGACAGGGAUGCAGUCAAGGAUGCAGACAAGGAUGUAGUCAUGGAUGUAGUCAUGGAUGCAGACAAGGAUGCUGACACAGAUGCAGUCAUGGAUGCAGACAAGGAUGUAGUCAUGGAUGUAGUCAUGGAUGCAGACAAGGAUGUAGUCAUGGAUGUAGUCAAGGAUGCAUAUAAGGAUACAGACAGGGAUGCAGUCAUGGAUGCAGACAAGGAUGUAGUCAAGGAUGCAGACAAGGAUGUAGUCAAGGAUGCAGACAAGGAUGUAGUCAUGGAUGUAGUCAAGGAUGCUGACAAGGAUGUAGUCAUGGAUGUAGUCAAGGAUGCUGACAAGGAUGCAGACAAGGAUGUAGUCAUGGAUACAGACAAGGAUGUAGUCAAGGAUGCAGUCAUGGAUGCAGACAAGGAUGCUGACACGGAUGCUGACAUAGAUGUGGUCAUGGAUGUAGUCAAGGAUGUAGUCAAGGAUGCAGACAAGGAUGUAGUCAUGGAUGCAGACAAGGAUACAGACAGGGAUACAGACAGGGAUGCAGUCAAGGAUGCAGACAAGGAUGUAGUCAUGGAUGUAGUCAUGGAUGCAGACAAGGAUGCUGACACAGAUGCAGUCAUGGAUGCAGACAAGGAUGUAGUCAUGGAUGUAGUCAUGGAUGCAGACAAGGAUGUAGUCAUGGAUGUAGUCAAGGAUGCAGAUAAGGAUACAGACAGGGAUGCAGUCAUGGAUGCAGACAAGGAUGUAGUCAAGGAUGCAGACAAGGAUGUAGUCAAGGAUGCAGACAAGGAUGUAGUCAUGGAUGUAGUCAAGGAUGCUGACAAGGAUGUAGUCAUGGAUGUAGUCAAGGAUGCUGACAAGGAUGCAGACAAGGAUGUAGUCAUGGAUACAGACAAGGAUGUAGUCAAGGAUGCAGUCAUGGAUGCAGACAAGGAUGCUGACACGGAUGCUGACAUAGAUGUGGUCAUGGAUGUAGUCAAGGAUGUAGUCAAGGAUGCAGACAAGGAUGUAGUCAUGGAUGCAGACAAGGAUACAGACAGGGAUACAGACAGGGAUGCAGUCAAGGAUGCAGACAAGGAUGUAGUCAUGGAUGUAGUCAUGGAUGCAGACAAGGAUGCUGACACAGAUGCAGUCAUGGAUGCAGACAAGGAUGUAGUCAUGGAUGUAGUCAUGGAUGCAGACAAGGAUGUAGUCAUGGAUGUAGUCAAGGAUGCAGAUAAGGAUACAGACAGGGAUGCAGUCAUGGAUGCAGACAAGGAUGUAGUCAAGGAUGCAGACAAGGAUGUAGUCAAGGAUGCAGACAAGGAUGUAGUCAUGGAUGCAGACAAGGAUGCUGACACAGAUGCAGUCAUGGAUGCAGACAAGGAUGUAGUCAUGGAUGUAGUCAAGGAUGCAGACAAGGAAGUAGUCAUGGAUGCAGACAAGGAUACAGACAGGGAUGCAGUCAUGGAUGUAGUCAAGGAUGCAGUCAUGGAUACAGACAAGGAUGCUCACAAGGAUGCAAUUAAGGAUAAGGUCAUGGAUGCAGACAAGGAUGCUGACACGGAUGCAGUCAUGGAUGUUGUCAAGGAUGCAGACAAGGAUGUAGUCAUGGAUGCAGACAAGGAUGUAGUCAAGGAUGCAGACAAGGAUGUAGUCAUGGAUGCAGACAAGGAUGUUGACACGGAUGCAGACAAGGAUGUAGUCAUGGAUGCAGACAAGGAUGUAGUCAAGGAUGCAGACAGGGAUGCAGACAAGGAUACAGACAGGGAUGCAGACAAGGAUGUAGUCAAGGAUGCAGACAAGGAUGCAGACAAGGAUACAGACAGGGAUGCAGACAAGGAUGUAGUCAUGGAUGCAGACAAGGAUGUAGUCAUGGAUGCAGACAAGGAUGUUGACAUGGAUGCAGACAAGGAUGUUGUCAAGGAUGCAGACAAGGAUGGAGUCAUGGAUGCAGACAAGGAUGGAGUCAUGGAUGCAGACAAGGAUGUAGUCAUGGAUGCAGACAAGGAUGUAGUCAUGGAUGCAGACAAGGAUGGAGUCAUGGAUGCAGACAAGGAUGUAGUCAUGGAUGCAGACAAGGAUGUAGUCAUGGAUGCAGACAAGGAUGGAGUCAUGGAUGCAGACAAGGAUGGAGUCAUGGAUGCAGACAAGGAUGUUGACACGGAUGCAGACAAGGAUGUAGUCAAGGAUGCAGACAAGGAUGUUGACACGGAUGCAGACAAGGAUGUAGUCAUGGAUGCAGACAAGGAUGUAGUCAUGGAUGCAGACAAGGAUGUUGACACGGAUGCAGACAAGGAUGUAGUCAUGGAUGCAGACAAGGAUGUAGUCAUGGAUGCAGACAAGGAUGUUGACACGGAUGCAGACAAGGAUGUAGUCAAGGAUGCAGACAAGGAUGUUGACACGGAUGCAGACAAGGAUGUAGUCAAGGAUGCAGACAAGGAUGUUGACACGGAUGCAGACAAGGAUGUAGUCAUGGAUGCAGACAAGGAUGUAGUCAUGGAUGCAGACAAGGAUGUUGACACGGAUGCAGACAAGGAUGUAGUCAAGGAUGCAGACAAGGAUGUUGUCAAGGAUGCAGACAAGGAUGUAGUCAUGGAUGCAGACAAGGAUGUAGUCAUGGAUGCAGACAAGGAUGUUGACACGGAUGCAGACAAGGAUGUAGUCAAGGAUGCAGACAAGGAUGUUGACACGGAUGCAGACAAGGAUGUAGUCAUGGAUGCAGACAAGGAUGUAGUGAUGACAUGCAGACGAGGAUGUAGUCAUUGA